AUGGAUUUUUUCUGGCUACUACAGAACCCAGAUCAGUUACUUCAAAGUAGCAAAACAAAAAACAGCCAUGCACCAUCCGUAAAUCUUCAUUCAUAUUCGUCCGGAAUAUCACCAAACAGCUGCAAAUCGCAUAUUUACACCCGACUUUCUGCUCUAGAUCCUUCCCGUGUCAUCUUGUGCGCUUAUCUAGGCUUUUUUGCCUUAUCAUCAGCGACUAUUUUAUCUCUUAUAUAUUUAACAAAUGCUUAUAAUAUACUGUGUAUUCAUACUGGCAGGCAUAUAAUCUUCUCUAUCUACUUAGUGACUCUUUUUUCUACAGCUGGAGUGGUUGGUGUAGUUGUCUUUACGAAGUUUUGGAUGAUUGUUAAGCAAAAUCUUGUGAUUAAUCGCUGGCUGACUUGGGAUCUUUUAUUAUUUCAUAUCUUUCCUUCUCUAGUUCUAGCUUGUUUAAUGUGUCUUGGCAUUAUGUCUUUUUGGCCUGAAACUAGUGCAUUCAUUCUCUUGUGUCUUUCUAUCUUUCUAUCUUUCGUUUAUCUUAUCAUAUGUUUGACUAUCUUUACUAAUCAUCGUCGUAGUACUACUAAGAGGAGUUCUAGUACUCAAACAUCAACUAAACAAAGUAUUCGUGACUUAGCUAUUCUAUUAUCUUGUCAAGCUAUUCUUCUUAUCAUUAUCUGUCUUUCUUUGUGGUUGAUUAGAUCAGGAGGAAUACUUAGUGAUCAUACUCUUUGUUCCGAAGUCAGCUAA